CGCUUUUAUUAGAGGUCUGUGGUAUUAUAAAUUCUUGUAACUCCAAACUUUACCUUUUUCCGAUUUGUGACAAAAAAAUUUUAAAAUGAAUAAAAUUAAAUUUAAAGUAUCUAAUUUCUAGAAAAGAAAUAGCACAACUAAAAGAGUAUAGAUAAUUCUGGAUAUUCAUCAUUAUUGACAUGUUUGACAAACAACUGAUAAAGCGCAGAUUUAUCUAGAAAGAAUGGACCGAGUAAGAAUCAAAAUUGUAGAUUGUUUCUUAUCUUCGAUAGUUUUCUUUCCCAUGACUGUUAUUUAUUGGCGAGGUAGUUGGGAUCUAUUAGAUAUUUAUGUCUUACCUCGUUACUCUAAGAUUAUUCGUUUCGGAAGCAUGUACAUAUUUGGUUUAUUUGGAAUAGCAGCUUAUUUCUCUCAACCUCUACUGGAACGCCAAUUGCGUAAUAUUAACGGAACACUGAGGGGUAUGUUAUGCCGCUUUUACAUGUAUGCUUACAGUUGGAUGAACAUGAGUGUAUGGAGGGGAGGCUGGGGUGUUCUGAGUGAAGCGGAAGGAGAUAAUUGGAAACGAUCAGCAAUCGUGCUUUCCGUGUCUUAUUUCCUACUCGUUUUAAUGAGGACGUCAAGAACGAGCAUGUGGCCCCCGUUUACCGUUAAUUUGGACUUUCGACCAGACCUCCUUAGGCCUACAACCUUGAUGAAUCGUAUGCCUCGAAAAAACGACCUCUUCCCCUACCUCCUCGACGCUUUUCUUAGUCACGUGAUUGUUUUUGGCCUAGCAGUAUCUGUCUGGAAAAACGCUUGGGAUCUAAUGGAUGUAUUUAUUUUCCCGAACCAACCACGAAUAUCCGAUUUAUUUUGCGUGGUAGCUGGUUAUUUUAUAAGCACGUCGCUCUUCGUCUUCCAAACAAAAUUAGCCAGGGUGUCGGCGUCGAUGGACGGUCGGCAACGAUGGCGACUAAUCUACGAAGAUUGUGUCUAUGUAUUCGCCUUAAUAGCUUUACUACUCUUGUAUAGAGGAAUGUGGAAUUUGUGCAGCAAGUACAUUCUGCCUGAGAGUUCUGUCGGGGCUUUAUUGUGCCAUUUAUUCGGCACAGUUUCCUUGUUUUCAAUGCAAAUAUUCAGCACCGUUGGAAGUCCCGGUGUCGGCAGAGACGGUUACGAAACCAACGGUACAGCUCUAUUUCCUAUACGCUACAUGUCUACUUUCUUUAAAGAGGUGUCAGAAGGACUUCACGCAGCUCAAAAUGUUCUAUUAAAUGAAAUAACGGUAUAGACGUCUCCGAGCGUCUAGAGAGAGCAGGUGUUCGUUCGUUGAUGCGUGUGUAUGUAUAUGUAUACGGAGAGUACAUAUAAACGAACUUUAAAGAAAAAAGACGGUG